AUGGAGACUCAACGAAAUUUCCAAACCCUCACAGGCAAAGUUGCCAUCAUCACAGGCGCUUCCCGAGGCCUAGGAGCAGGCUUUGCGUAUGAGCUUGCAAAAAGAGGUGCAAAGGUCGUCGCUACAUACACUUCUCCAAGCAGCGAAAAGCUAGUGAAGGAGUUGUCCGCCAAAAUCGCGUCGCUCGACCCUCCAUCAGAGUGCAUUGGUGUCAAAGCAGAUCUUAAGGAUGAGUCGUCGCCCGCCGAGAUCGUCCGACAAGCAGUCGCCGCAUUCGGUCCUCAAAUCCAUGUACUCGUCAACAACGCGGGCAUGGAAGUCGUCAAAUCUCAUGCCGACAUCACUACAUCCGACUUUGACUCAAUCUUCUAUCUCAACGUUCGCGCUCCUCUCCUCCUCCUCCAAGCCGUGAAACCUUAUCUUCCCUUGUCCGGCGGUGGUCGCAUCAUCAACAUCUCAUCAGUAGGCGCCCGUUGCGGCUUCAAGAGCCUCUCUCUGUACUGCGCAUCCAAAGCUGCACUCGAAGGACUUACGCGGUCAUGGGCAGCUGAACUGGGUGAGGAGGGCCAUACGGUCAAUACGGUCAACCCCGGACCUGUGCAGAGUGACUUACUGGACAAUAUUCCAAAAGAGAUCAUUGAUAUGCAGAAGAAGCAGACGGCUGCAGGGAAUAGGUUGGGCGAGGUUGAUGAUGUAGCGCAGAUUGUUGCUUGGUUGGCUUCGGAGGAGAGCAGAUGGAUCACAGGACAAGCGCUAUCUGCCAGCGGUGGAUUGGAGAUGUAUUAG